UUCCCAGAGCCAAUCUCAAAAAAGAAAAACAAACACAAAAACCAUCAAACAAAUCACCUCCAUUUCUAAAAAAAAAACUCAAGUAAAAUAAGAAGUCCAAUAAUAAUAAUUCCAUAUUCCUGACUACUACUUGCUUUGGCGUCUCAUCUGCAACUUCAUCAUUCCCUUCAUCAAAAACUUCAAUUUUCCUAGCUUGAGAAAGUUUCAAAAGAAUUUUUUUCUUUUCAAAAAAACGAAAAUGGUUCAAGAGCAAGAAGGUGGCUACAAGAACAAACUGUUCAAUUUCAGAGGGAUGUUUGAUGGCGCAGGGAGGCAUGCCAAGAGUCUGAGCGUUGACACCGGCGGCAGCAAAGAAUCCCCGGCGGACACCGACGGCGCCGCUUCCUCAAGAAGUCAAGGAUCAAAGCCUCUUAAUGAGUCGGAGAAGAUUGCUAAUAAGCCAAAGGUAUUGACCCCGGAGGAAACAGCACUCAAAGAAAGCAUAGACGAGCUAUUAAAAGACAUGGAACAGAUGAAGGAGAGGUUCUCCAAAUUGCUGCUAGGUGAAGACAUGUCCGGUGGAGGAAAAGGUGUUUCUUCUGCUUUGGCACUGUCAAAUGCAUUCACAAACCUUGCAGCUUCUAUUUUUGGUGAACAAAGACGACUAGAACCCAUGCCCCCAGAAAGGAAAGCAAAAUGGAGAAAAGAAAUUGAUUGGCUUCUAUCUGUCACAGACUAUGUUGUUGAAAUGGUCCCUUCACAACAAGUAGGAAAGGAUGGAACAAUCAUGGAGAUCAUGACCACAAAGCAGAGAACUGAUCUCCACAUGAACGUCCCCGCCUUGCGCAAACUCGAUACAAUGCUUAUAGAUUGCCUUGAUAACUUCAAAGAGCCACAAGAGUUCUUUUAUGUUAAAAAAGAUUCAGGAGGUGAUGAUAAAGAUCCAAAGAUGAAAAGCGAUGAGAAGUGGUGGCUACCUACACCUAAGGUUCCCCCAGAAGGUCUAUCAGACAAUGCUAGGAGAUUUUUGCAGUACCAAAAAGACUGUGUAAAUCAGGUACUUAAGGCAGCCAUGGCAAUCAAUGCUCAAGUUAUAACAGAAAUGGAGGUCCCUGAAAAUUAUAUGGACUCCCUACCCAAGAAUGGAAGAUCAAGUCUAGGAGACUCAAUCUACAAGAGUAUCACAGUUGAACAUUUCGAUCCUGAUCAGCUCCUAUCAACCAUGGACUUAUCUUCGGAACAUAAAAUCCUAGACCUCAAGAACAGAAUUGAAGCAUCCAUAGUUAUUUGGAAGCGGAAGAUGCACCACAAAGAUGGAAAGCCAUCCUGGAGUUCUGCUGUGAGUUUGGAAAAAAGAGAACUCUUUGAAGAGAGAGCAGAAACCAUCUUACUCCUCUUAAAGCAUCGUUUCCCAGGCCUUCCUCAAUCUUCAUUGGAAAUAAGCAAAAUCCAAUUCAACAGGGAUGUGGGGUUGGCUGUUCUUGAGAGCUAUUCAAGAAUAUUGGAAAGUUUGGCCUUCACAGUGCUGUCGAGAAUAGAUGAUGUACUACAAGCAGAUUUUCAAACCCAAAUUCCGGCUAAAAAGUCAGGUAACAGAACCUCAUCAAGACCCAGUCCUAGAGAAAAAGGUAAUGGUGGAGACAAUGGCCAAAUGACCCUAUUAGAUUUCAUGGGAUGGGGAACUGAUCAAGGCUCAGAAGGAAAAAAAGAAAAGGACCCUUUUGCUGCUUCAGAUGACUUCUACAAAGACAUUGACUCAAAGCAUGAGCAGAAACUUCCAAACGUAAACACACACAAGAAGACAUCUUAUUUAGACAACUUGAAUAUUAUGAGAAGUCCAACAUCACGCCAUUAGAGAGUUUAGGUGUUUAUUGGGAGUUUUCAUCGUUGUUUAUACACGAUUCUUUUACCAUGUUCCGUUCUCUUGUACAUAGGAAAGAGAAUUAAUGAAUUAUACAAAAUUGAUCAUGUCCAUGUGUGUAACAACACGUUUCCCUGACUCCAAUUAUCCUGUGUUUAUCCAAGGAUUUGUAGAGACUUGUAACUACUCUUGUGAUGUAUCAAUCAUUUGUAUGGUUAGUUUCUUUAUGAUUUUUAAUCUUUUUUAUGACAGUUUCAAUGUAGAUAUCAAUUAUUUUGUAGAAACAACAGAACA